UACGUUGUUCUUCCGGAUUUCACACGUGGGGGUAAAUGGGUAAAUGUGACGUGCUGGGAAAUAUCUCGUUAUGAAAAAGUAAAAUAUUUCGAUAUACUAAACUGUCUGUGUAUCUUAAAAAUGGGGAAAUUAAACGUUGUUCUUCUAAGGUAUCUUUCACGGGAUGAUUUCCGGGUUCUAACUGCCGUCGAAAUGGGAAUGAAAAAUCAUGAAAUCGUCCCAGUGAGCCUCGUCGCCUCCAUAGCUAGUCUCAAACAUGGGGGAUGCAAUAAAGUCCUGAGAGAGUUGGUAAAACACAAACUGAUGGCCUACGAACGGUCAAAGAUGGUGCAAGGAUAUCGACUAAAUUAUGGAGGCUAUGAUUACCUGGCACUGAAGACUCUGUCAUCACGGGAUGUCAUCACAUCUGUUGGAAAUCAAAUGGGAGUAGGCAAAGAGUCAGACAUCUACAUUGUUGCAAACGGCGAGGAUGAGCAGUUUGCAUUAAAACUGCACAGACUUGGAAGGACAUCUUUCCGAAACUUAAAGAACAAGCGGGAUUAUCACAAGGGCCGCACCGGCAUGUCUUGGCUCUAUCUGUCCCGCCUCUCCGCCAUGAAAGAGUUUGCCUAUAUGAAGGCGUUGUACGAAAGGGGAUUUCCUGUCCCAAAACCUGUGGAUUACAACAGGCACGCAGUUGUGAUGGAGCUCAUCAAUGGAUAUCCUCUAUGUCAGGUUCGGGAGGUGGCCGAUGCUUCUGCUCUGUACAAUGAGAUCAUGGAACUGAUCGUCAAGCUGGCCAACCACGGGCUCAUCCACGGAGAUUUCAACGAGUUCAACCUCAUGCUCGACGACAACGAUCACGUCACCAUGAUCGACUUUCCCCAGAUGGUGUCCACCUCGCAUUUCAAUGCCGAAUGGUAUUUUGACCGCGAUGUAAGAUGCGUCCGAGAAUACUUCAUCAGACGUUACAAUUAUGAGAGCGAACUUUACCCAACUUUCAAAGACAUAAGGCGAGGGUGUUCACUGGACGUGGAGAUUUCAGCCAGCGGCUACACCAAAGCCAUGCAGAAGGACGACGAGCUUCUCCACCCAGAGGGUCCGGAGGGAGCCGAGGGACAGAGCGAGGACGAUGAGGACGAUGAGGACCCAGAGGAAGGCCCCAGUGAACCAGUUGACCUCGGCACCGAAGAGGCGGCAAACCUGGAGGAGUACAAGCAAGCCAUGUUGGAACUGGAGGGGCUAAGACUGGACGAGGACACUAAGACAAGCCAGCGUGAUCCCAGCAAAGACCAGCCAGACUGUGACCCAAGCCAGGGUGGCCCCAUUCACAAACAGACAGACAACAAAGCCCAGAACCAGAGUGAACUAGAACGUAACGUGGAUGAAACCGAGACGAGAACAGAAGCUCUGCCAAAGGAACUAGGAGCUGGAAAUUGCACGAGUCCCAGGAGUGAUGAGGAGCUGGAGGCGGCGGACGAGUGCCCUGACCUUGUCGACCUCUCAGCCAUCAACAAAGAAUUCAAGCCUUUCAGAGACGGUGAAAGUCUCCAGCACGUUAACGAGCAUCGGAGGAGAACCACCAGCGAGAGCACAGUGGCCAGCACCGACAGUAUCACCAGCUGCUCCACCAUUGCCCCGGAGGUGAUCAGACAGAAAGUGAAGCGGCAGCUGUCGAAGCACCAGAAGGCUGCCAUCCACCGGCGCCUGCAGAAGGGAGAGGCCAGCCUGGUGACCAAGGCCCGCCGGGAGAACUCCAGCAACAUCAAGAGCAGCCUGGACUGCGCUGACUUCUGGGGCUGAGCCACAGAGGGGUGGGGUGCGGUGGGGUGGGCUGGUAGUCCAGGACUCCGAUCUCCAGGGAACAGUCAAACCCUGAGGACAGUGAGCAGAGAUGCAUACCUGAGAUUAAAUCAUGUUUGGCAUGUCCGGUGGGAGGGAAGUGGAGGUGGAAUUCAUAAAUAUAUUUUUUUGUGUGUAUUCUUUGUGAAUAUGAAAUGCUAUUGAUGGCAUAAGUAAAAAAAAAAAAAAAAAUAGGAAACAACGGCGCAUCCUUUUCUAUCUGCUUGCAUCCUGUUUUCUUGAAUUUAUCACAGAAGCAUGAGAAUACUGGCUUCAAUGAAUGAUGUGAACAUGUGUGCUGCUGCAUUUGGUCGUGCACUUUAUAUUUUCUACAUAGAGCUGCUGCUAAAAGAAGUUUGAAAGAAAUCCACCUGAAACUCAAGGAAAUCACCUCAUCCAUAAAGAAAUAAGUUUCCACUCCA